GGAAGCUGACAAGCGACUCUUCUCUCUCUCACUCACAAACACACAAUUGCCUUCUGCUUCAUUUAAUUGGUUUCCGUAAACCAAUUUCUACCUUUUGAUAUUUAUUUUUUUUCCGAUCCCAAUUUCCCUCGAAACCUCACCACUUUUCUCGAGAAAAUCGCAGCUUCUACAGAAUCAGUCCACCAAGAAUCUCCCCGCUUCAAUUCUCAGCAUAACAUACUCCCAAAACCUCACUCCCUUUCCAUAUAAUCUAACGUAAUCUCCACCUAAUUUUCAGAAUUAUGGUUUCCGGAGUCGGCGGCGGCGGGAGCGGUCGCGGCCGCGGCGGAGAAGCAUCAUCCUCAAGUCACCGCAAAGAACAAGCUCAAUCCUCCUCAGGGACGAAAUCUCUCAGACCCUCACAACAGAACCAACCGCAAACGCACACGGAAUCAGUAAGCAAAGCCAUCCAACAAUACACAGUCGACGCGAGACUCCACGCCGUCUUCGAACAAUCCGGCGAAUCCGGAAAAUCAUUCGACUACUCCCAAUCCCUCAAAACGACGACGUACAACUCCUCCGUCCCCGAACAACAAAUCACAGCCUACCUCUCCAGGAUCCAGCGCGGCGGUUACAUACAGCCUUUCGGAUGCAUGAUCGCCGUCGACGAGUCAACCUUCACCAUCAUCGGCCACAGCGAGAACGCGCGGGAAAUGCUAGGCCUAACGCCGCAGUCCGUCCCCAGCCUCGAGAGGCCGGAGAUUCUCUCCAUGGGAACCGACGUCCGCUCUCUCUUCACCUCCUCCAGCUCCAUCCUCCUCGAACGCGCCUUCGUCGCGCGUGAGAUCACGCUGCUAAAUCCCGUCUGGAUCCACUCGAAAUACACCGGGAAACCGUUUUACGCGAUCCUCCACAGGAUCGACGUCGGAGUCGUGAUCGAUUUAGAGCCCGCGAGAACGGAGGAUCCGGCGCUCUCGAUCGCCGGAGCGGUUCAGUCUCAGAAGCUGGCCGUUAGAGCUAUCUCGCAGUUGCAGUCUCUCCCCGGUGGAGAUAUUAAGCUUUUAUGUGAUACUGUUGUGGAGAGUGUUAGAGAUUUGACUGGUUACGAUCGUGUGAUGGUGUACAAGUUUCACGAAGACGAGCAUGGAGAGGUUGUUGCGGAGAGUCGGAGAGAGGAUUUGGAGCCUUACAUUGGUUUGCAUUAUCCCGCUACUGAUAUUCCUCAAGCGUCACGGUUCUUGUUUAAGCAGAACCGUGUGCGGAUGAUCGUGGAUUGCCACGCGACGCCGGUUCUCGUGGUGCAAGACGAGAGGCUUACUCAAUCUAUGUGUUUGGUUGGGUCUACUCUUAGGGCGCCUCAUGGUUGUCACUCUCAGUAUAUGGCGAAUAUGGGAUCUAUCGCGUCGUUAGCGAUGGCGGUUAUAAUAAACGGGAAUGAGGAUGAUGGGAGUAAUGUUGGUGGUGGGAGAAGCUCUAUGAGGCUUUGGGGUUUGGUUGUUUGUCAUCAUACUUCCUCUCGAUGCAUACCGUUUCCGUUGCGGUAUGCUUGCGAGUUUCUGAUGCAGGCGUUUGGUUUACAGUUGAACAUGGAGUUGCAGUUAGCUUUGCAGAUGUCGGAGAAACGCGUUUUGAGGACGCAGACGCUGUUGUGCGAUAUGCUUCUGCGUGACUCGCCUGCUGGGAUUGUUACGCAGAGUCCUAGUAUUAUGGACUUGGUGAAGUGUGACGGUGCGGCGUUUCUUUACCACGGGAAGUAUUACCCGUUGGGUGUUGCUCCAAGCGAGGCUCAGAUAAAAGACGUUGUGGAGUGGUUGCUUGCGAAUCACGCUGAUUCGACUGGUUUAAGCACUGAUAGUUUAGGGGACGCGGGAUAUCCCGGUGCAGCUGCUUUAGGGGAUGCUGUGUGUGGUAUGGCGGUUGCGUAUAUCACGAAAAGAGAUUUUCUUUUCUGGUUUCGGUCUCAUACCGCCAAAGAAAUCAAAUGGGGAGGCGCUAAGCAUCAUCCAGAGGACAAAGAUGAUGGGCAAAGGAUGCAUCCUCGUUCUUCUUUCAAGGCUUUUCUUGAAGUUGUUAAGAGCAGGAGUCAGCCGUGGGAAACUGCGGAAAUGGAUGCGAUUCAUUCGCUCCAGCUGAUUCUGAGGGACUCCUUUAAAGAAUCUGAGGCAGCUAUGAACUCUAAAGCUGUAGAUGGUGCGGUUCAGCCUUAUAGUAUGGCAGGAGAGCAGGGGAUUGAUGAGUUAGGUGCUGUUGCAAGAGAGAUGGUUAGACUCAUCGAAACAGCAACUGUGCCUAUAUUCGCUGUGGAUACUGGAGGAUGCAUCAAUGGAUGGAACGCUAAGAUUGCAGAAUUGACUGGUCUCUCGGUUGAAGAAGCUAUGGGGAAGUCUCUGGUUUCUGAUCUGAUAUACAAAGAGAAUGAAGAAACUGUUGAUAAGCUCAUUUCUCGUGCGCUAAGAGGGGAUGAGGACAAGAAUGUGGAGAUAAAGCUGAAAACUUUCAGCCCUGAACUACAAGGGAAAGCAGUUUUUGUGGUUGUGAAUGCGUGUUCGAGCAAGGAUUACUCAAACAACAUUGUCGGCGUCUGUUUUGUUGGACAGGAUGUUACUAGUCAGAAAAUCGUGAUGGACAAGUUCAUCAACAUACAAGGAGACUACAAAGCCAUUGUCCAUAGCCCAAACCCACUGAUUCCACCGAUCUUUGCGGCAGACGAGAAUACAUGUUGCCUGGAGUGGAACACCGCGUUGGAAAAGCUCACGGGUUUGUCUCGCAGUGAAGUGAUUGGGAAAAUGCUUGUUGGAGAAGUGUUUGGGAGCUAUUGCAGGCUAAAGGGUCCUGAUGCAUUAACCAAGUUCAUGAUUGUAUUGCAUAAUGCAAUAGGUGGCCAAGAAACUGACAAGUUCCCUUUCCCGUUCUUUGACCGCAACGGGAAGUUUGUUCAGGCUCUAUUGACUGCAAACAAGCGUGUAAACCUCGAAGGAAAGGUUGUUGGGGCUUUCUGUUUCUUGCAGAUCCCGAGUCCUGAGCUGCAGCAAGCUUUAGCAGUCCAACGAAGGCAGGACACAGAGUGUUUCACGAAGGCGAAAGAGCUAGCUUACAUUUGUCAGGUGAUAAAGCAUCCUUUGAGCGGUUUACGUUUCACAAACUCGUUGUUGGAAGCUACAGACUUGAACGAGGAUCAGAAACAGUUUCUUGAAACGAGUGUUUCUUGCGAGAAACAGAUCUCAAGGAUUGUCAGUGACAUGGACCUUGAAAGGAUUGAAGACGGUUCCUUUGAGCUACAUAGAACGGAGUUCUUACUCGGAAGUGUCAUAAACGCGAUUGUAAGUCAGGCGAUGUUCUUAUUAAGGGAGAGAGGUGUUCAGCUGAUCCGUGACAUUCCUGAAGAAAUCAAGUCUAUAGCAGUUUAUGGAGACCAGAUAAGGAUUCAACAGCUCCUAGCUGAGUUUCUGCUGAGUAUAAUCCGGUAUGCACCGUCCCAUGAGUGGGUGGAGAUCCAUGUAAGCCAUGUUCCGAAGCAAAUGGCUGAUGGAUUUUACGCUAUCCGCACAGAAUAUAGAAUGGCGUGCCCAGGUGAAGGUCUACCUCCAGAGCUGGUCCGAGACAUGUUUCAUAGCAGCAGGUGGACGAGCCCUGAAGGGUUAGGUCUAAGCGUAUGUAGAAAGAUUCUAAAGCUCAUGAACGGUGAGGUUCAGUACAUCCGAGAGUCAGAACGCUCAUAUUUCCUCAUCAUACUCGAGCUCCCCGUACCUAUGAAACGCCCUUUGGCAAACGCUAGCGGCAGCGGCGACAUGAUGUUGAUGAUGCCAUAGUAGUCACACUUGGCAGGAGAGAGUUUGUUUGUAUCCUUGUUUGUAUGUGUAUUUUGUGUGAGAGAGUCUAACGGCACCGGAGGAGGAUAGAGAGUUUUUGUUUCCGGUGAGAUUAGUAGAGAAGAGGAUAGAAAGUUAUCUUGUUCUCUCUUUUGUUUGCACUUUGUGUAUAUUGAUAACUCCAAGAGAGGCAAACGAAUGAAAAGAAGCAGAGUGAUAUUGGUUAACGAUCCUUAUAACUCAUAAUUGAAAUGUCAGUUACCA